ACGCAGAGAGUCAGAUCAGCGGCAAACGAGGCCACGCAUUGUCUGGCCCCCGCCUGCCCCUCCCCCCUCCGCUCGUCAGGAAGCACGCUGAUUGGCCGAGGCCUAGCGAAGAGUGCUCGGGGAUCCAAACCUGCAGGCCGCACUUAGCUUACCGUGAAAAAUAAACCCAAACAACAACAACACUAAACGAAGAAGGACGACAAACGCCGAUAGAGACAGACGACUGCGUUAUCAGGAUCAUUUGCAUUGAUGGAAGAAAGUAUGUUGACUGUUCCUUUGGUCUAAUUCUACGGUUCUGAUCAUCAAAUGUGAAGGCUCUUCACCAAGACACGACAUGGACCAAGGCGGAGGGGUGUUGGAGUUACACACACAGGAGCUGAAAAUGCCUCAUGCAAUGAUUAUGCAGGACUUUGUUGCAGGGAUGGGUGGCCUGGCCCAUAUCGACGGUGAACACAUUGUGGUAUCUGUCCCUGAGGGUAUGCUUCUCUCAGAUGUGAUGACAGAUGAGGGCAUCCUUCUGGAACAUGGACUAGAAGUUCAAGGCUUGGAGACAGAAGUGGUGGAAGGUCUUCAUUCAGAUAUGGAGGGACUCGAAGCAGAAGUGGUCGAAGGACUUCAAACCCAAGUUGUUGAACUGGAAGCCCAAGUUGUGGAGGGUCUUGAGGGUGAAGUAGAGGUGGAGGGUCUAGAGGCAACUGUGGUAGAGGGCCUUGAGACUGAAGUUGAUGUGGAGGGUUUGGAAGCUCAUGUUGUGGAGGGGCUUGAGGAAGAAGUUGAAGUAGAAGGUUUGGAAGCAGAGGUUGUUGAAGGCCUAGAAGUAGAUGUGGAAAGUCUGCAUUCCCAAGGGGUUGAAGGUCAUGAGAUAAGUGCUGAUGAUAUGGUGACCUCAGAGCACAGCGUGAUCAUGCCGGAAAAUAUUUUGGGGACAGAAGUUGCAAUUGAGGAAGCCCUCGACCACCAUCACGUUCUCACCUCAAACCUUAUUCAGGACCCAAACCAUCAUGAUGACAUGCCUGACCAAGUUUUUGUGGCGGAGCUUCUUUCUGAGCACCAGGACAAUGGUUUGGAACAUCAGCUUGUUGCAGGAGGGUUAAUGGUCACAGAGGAAAACACUGCCACAAUAAUUCAUGAACAGCUCCCGACGGAGGGUGUUCCUCUUCAAACGGAUGAAGAUGACGAUGCAAGAAGCAGUUCUGAAGAUUACCUCAUGAUAUCUCUGGAUGAGGUAGGUGAGAAGCUGGACAUAGGAGACACACCGCUUGAGAUAAGCACUGAGGUCCUGGAAGACAAGGAUAUCAAGGAAGAGGGUGGAGCUGAGGUCAUCAAGGUCUACAUUUUCAAAGCUGAAGCCGAUGACGAUUUAGGUGGAACAGAGGUCAUAACGGAGGACGAUUACCACAACGGCCACCCAGACCUUGAGGCAGUGUCAUCAGGCAGGCUUGGCGUUGGCAGGGACAAGAUGGUCUACAUGGCAAUAAAGAACCAGCCGAAAAUGGAGGAGGACGAUGAGGAUGACAGUGAUGAAGAUGAUGAUGAUGAUGACGACAAUGACAUUGGUAAUACCAUUGACCAGGUGAAGAAUGGGUCCACUACAUCAUUUCUACAAAUUCGUGAAGGAGCAACUGCAAAUCGUGCUCUGAAACCCAAACCUAAGAAGAAGAAGAAAGGAGAGACUCGGCAAUGCCAAACUGCUGUCAUUAUUGGACCGGAUGGGAUGCCGCUGACGGUCUAUCCCUGCCACAUAUGUGGGAAAAAGUUCCGCUCACGAGGCUUCCUCAAGAGUCACAUGAAGAACCAUCCCGACCACCUUUUAAAGAAGAAGUACCAGUGCACAGACUGUGACUUCACCACCAACAAGAAAGUAAGUUUUCAUAACCAUCUGGAGAGUCACAAGCUGCUGAGCCACAACAGCGAGCGUUCUCCAGAGUAUACAGAGUACACUCGCCGCUACCACGAGUCAAGUCCGCUAGGCUCAGACAAACUCAUCGUCAAGGACCGUGAGCCCAAACUACAUCACUGUAAGUACUGUGAAUAUGAGACUGCGGAACAAGGCCUGCUCAACCGUCACCUGCUGGCCGUGCAUAGCAAGAAUUUCGCUCAUGUCUGUGUUGAAUGUGCGAAAGGCUUUCGUCAUCCUUCAGAGCUGAAGAAACACAUGCGGACCCACACUGGCGAGAAGCCCUAUCAGUGUCCACACUGCGAGUUCCGUUGCGCAGAUCAGUCCAAUUUGAAGACUCACAUCAAGAGCAAGCAUGGCGCCGAUCUGCCCUUCAAGUGCAGCCACUGUCCACAGGCUUACGCUGAUGCCCGGGAACUUCAGCGUCACAUAGAGAUGGUGCAAGGUCAUAAGACUCAUCAGUGCCCUCACUGUGAACACAAGAGCACUAACUCCAGCGACCUGAAGCGGCACAUCAUCUCUGUUCACACCAAGGACUUCCCACAUCAGUGCGACGUGUGUGAGAAAGGCUUUCACCGGCCAUCGGAGCUGAAGAAGCACGCAGAGACUCACAAGGGCAACAAGGUGCACCAGUGCCGACAUUGCAACUUCAAUGCUCCUGACACGUUCACGUUGAGUCGGCAUAUCUUGUCCUUGCAUACGAAGGACCUCCCGUUUAAGUGCAAGCGCUGCCGGCGGGGUUUCAGGCAGCCUGCCGAACUGAAGAAACACAUGAAAACUCACAGUGGUAGGAAAGUGUAUCAGUGCCAGUAUUGUGAGUACAACAGCACGGACGCUUCUGGCUUCAAGCGCCAUGUCAUUUCCAUCCAUACCAAGGACUAUCCACACCGCUGCGACUACUGCACCAAGGGCUUCCGGAGGCCUUCAGAGAAGAGCCAGCACAUAGCCCGGCACCACAAAGACAUGCUGGUGUAGUGUCACUGCGUGCCCCAACACUCCUCUUUCCCAGCUACAUCUGUGUCACGCACCCAGGAAUAUCGUUCGUGUUGAGAGACAAAGAAAAAAAAAAACACGCUUUGGUUCUAUAUUUAAAUUGGUUUUAAACCCCAUCAGGGGUGACAGCUGAAGCCUCUUUCAAGUGAAGUCUGUCAGAUUGAGUGGGAGAGUUGUAACCCCUUUGUUUUGUUGUCACAUGAACAUGUAUUCAGGGUUUCAAAUGUCUAUUUUUAUACCCACUCAGCUGCAAUCCACUAGGAUGAUGUCGGUCUUGUAAAUGAAAGGUUUGCUUUGUGAACGUCAGUUAUUCUGCCGCCACAGUACCAUCUGGUAUCUAUUAAUCUUAUUAACCAGCUUUUAUCAUGACAAACCUGGUAAAUGUCAUCGGCUCUUAAGGGACGGGCCCAUUCCGGAGCGCGUUCAAGGUUCCCAGCGAUCUUGACCAAACCUUAUGCACCUUAAGGGGAUACUGCUGCAGACCCUGCAGUCAUUUUAGUUUUGUUGCAGAAUCUCAACAGAUCCAGUUCCGUUAACCACGUGUCAAAACGGCGUAUGAAAAGUGGCAAAUAUCCCCGAGGAGAAGACUCUCAGCCAAGUGUCAGCAGCAACCGGCUGAACGUGCCACUCAUAAUGUUUGGAGGUCGUUUGAGUCGGUGAGCGCAUCGCGAUCAAGCAUACAGCCAGACAGAGUGCUGUGGCUGCAUUCAUGCCUUACAUCAGCCGCUCUUUGUCCCUUAAGCACUGAUGAACUCAGAAAAACAAGUGAUUUUAACUCUCAAACAUGCUGCACCGAUACCGUUCUCUCAGAGAUUGUGUGUUUGAGUCAGUAGAAAGCACUUUAAUAACUUUAUUUUCUAUUUUAAUGACAUGUAUGGGUUGUAUACUGUAUAUGUUUUAUAUAAAUAUACACACACACACACGAGCCCUAGAAGAGGAACAAUAACAGUGUUGUGAGGUGGUCCAUGUCAUCUAGCCUGUGGGCACACAAUCCAUUAAAGCUUCAAAGAUAACUGUCGUUUCAA